UUUUUUUUAACUUUUUUUUUGUACAUCUAUUCUCACACCAAUAUCAGACCUUAAAUCUUGCUCCUUCCGCCAGAGCGCACACCUUGCACGACGAAGAGUGUGUGAGAGAGAGAGACAGAGAGUGAGUAAGCGCGUGGAAGGCGUUGCUGAUCCAACAGAUUUUCGUCCUUUGUUGGGUCAGCGUUUCAGCGUGAUAUCACAGGAGUCUGGAUACAAAAUUUUGCUGCUCUAGCUCUUAUAGUCUCUAGGAACUAAGACGGACCGAAAUCGGUGUAUCAAUCCGGCUAUUGAUGCUGAUCAAGAAUACAUAUAUACAAUUUAUGGAGUCGGAAACGUUUCCUUCUAUCCACUUUCUCCGCAAAUUGAAUGUACCCCUAUACUCAUCGAGUAUGUACAUCCAAUUUAUUCCAGAAGCAAAAGUAUUGCUCACUUGACUUGCAAAUGGGUUUGCUGGCUGGGCCUGGAUCGACUGAUCGGCAGGUAACACUGAUCAGGUAAAUUAGGGUGGCCCAAAAAAACGGAGACUUACAGCCAAACCAUAAUGUCAUUAGCAGAAGAAAGGGCUCGUUUGAAUCUGAUUAACUUCAUUCUGUAAGCUGUGCCCAUCCAAUGCUGUGUUAAGGACCAGUCUAAAGCGGCAGAGUCGGAAUUUCAGCGUCUUUGUUUCAGUUAUACGAGAGCUGGCGCAAUGAGCAGUAGCCACCUCUUACGCGCCCUGCGACGCACCUUGGGCCUGGGUCGUAGCCAGCUACCGGUUGAUGGCCGAAAUGUAAUACUCAUCACGGGCUGUGACUCGGGCUUGGGCCACUGCCUGGCUGUCUACUGCCACAAUGUGCUCUCCAUGACGGUCGUCUCCUGUUGCCACAACCUCAAGUCGGAUGGGGCCCGUUUGCUCCAGCAAUUAAGUUCGCAGGGCGACGAACGCAGGCGAAUGCACACCUUAGAGCUGGAUCUGCUGCAGCCGUGCUCCAUACGGCUGGUGCAUGACAGACUCCAGGACAUACUGGCAGAGGAUCCGAGCUACCAGCUGACGGCUCUCGUGAACAAUGCGGGCGUCAUGUGCUUCGGGGAGUUCGAAUGGCAGGUGCCCGAACAAAUUGAGAUGCAGAUCAACUGCAAUCUCCUGGGCACCAUGCGAUUGACGCGCCAGCUUUUGCCGCUGCUGAGGCAGCAGCGGGGAAGGAUCAUUAACGUGACCAGUCACUGUGGUCUGCAGGCCCUGCCGGCCCUCGCUCCCUAUGCCGCCUCCAAGGCGGCCCUGCGCUUCUGGACCGACUCCCUGCGCAUAGAACUGCAGCAGUACGGCUUGGAGGUGGUCAACUUUAUACCGGGCUCCUUUGUGCUGGACAGCAACAUAGCGGCACGGCAGCAGCAGCACGCCCAGCGGAUGCGCGAGUGCUUCAGCGCUGAGCAGCACGCCCACUACGACGUCUACUUUGAGCAGUUCAAUGGAUAUCUGAAGAUCGUGUCGGGCUACAAGGCGCCCAACCAGCUGAAGGAUGAGGCGCUGCUGGCCAAGUUCAAGGAUGCCCUGACGAGCACACAACCAUCGGCGCUGUACAUACACGAGCCCUGGCGAUAUCGUGUGUAUCGCUGGCUCUUUUGGCUCUGUCCCACGCCUCUCGUGGACUGGCUUACCCUGCGCUUCUGUGCGAUGCCCACAUACGAAACAAGCGAGCGAAAGAUCGGGUAGUGUAGUUGGUAGUCUAAACAUUUACUGGAGCAGUUUGAAGAUACUUGGCUAGGGCUGUGGCUAAUAAAAUUGAGUAAAAUGCA